AUGGGUUUUGCAACAACGUGGUACUCUCAUCCUCACAGAUUUAGACCUGGAUGCCGGUGCAGUCAUGCCGAGAAAUAUGGCCUCAAUAUCUGCAGACAUUGUUUCAGGCAGUAUUCAGAUGACACUGGAUUCAAAAAGCUCAGUCUUGAUGUCUGUGCUAGUUAA